CUCUCCAAGGACCAAAAUCUUUCAUGUUCAUCAAAAGAAAUCCACAAUGCCUCAUCAGCUCCUGCCACCUCUCGUUGGCGAUUGGUAGUGGAGUUGGCUUCAAGAGUACAUUGGGGGUCACUGAUCGACGGAUUGAAGUCAACAGAAAAGCUUUCAGGGCGGCUUACUCAAUGGCGGCAAAGCGGAGAAAGAAGACGCGGCUGGGGAAUAAUUGUGGCGCAACGACGUAAGCUUGUCGAGCUUGUUCCGACUACAAUGACGUCCUUCUUGCUCGUUAACUUCGAUAGUGCGAUCAUGGGACUUUUUCUGUGUUUCUAAUGGACUAUUAGGAUAGCUUGAUUGUGCAUUUCCCGUUUCUUUUUCAAAUCGUUUCGCGUUAUUGAAUAUGGGAAUUCCGAGGCGAGACCGGGUAAUAUUGGAGUCUCAUAACUGUUGGGUACAUGUAGUACACAACAUUUUAAUGUACCAUUCCUCGGGCACAAUGGUGUUAACAAACAUAACCCGCCCCUUUACACACACGCUUAGAAGCAACACUGUCACUUGAAAUAUUGAUCUCUAGCUGCCUGUGCAAACACAAUUUGUAUCAUUUAUAAAAUGGUAGUCACGUGACCUCGAAGCAGACCCAGUACCCAAUGAGGAUGAGACAGGCGGAAGGACACUCACCUUCAUUCCUCUCGGCCUUACAAGAGAUGUCCAGUACUAACAAUCGUAAUUUUUUAUAAGGAUAAUCUUGUCUCCGAAGUUUUCGACAUAAAUGGGCCUGUUCAUUGACCGCUUCCUUCAUACUUGCACAAACACUCUCACGAUAUCUGUUUGCUACGCCGGAUUUUUCUAUUCAAUCUACGAAGAAUUUU